AUGACUAACUCAAAGCCAGGAGGUGUUUUGAACACGUCGGACGCUGCGACGAAUGAUCUUGCUCAAUCGAUUAUGCUCCUCGAGUUGGAUGCGACUCCUUCGCCUCAGGCUGCUCGCGAUGCUGUUGUGCCGCCUGUUGAAGAGAUUCCCGUAGGCAAGAACAUAUCCAAAGUCUUGCGACCCAGCGCGGGGUCAGUCAGCCCCCUUCUACCGUAUGCUGAACGGGCUGCCCUCUCGCCCAAACGGCAACUAGCGCCUGAAGCAUCUCAACGACAACUGAUCGGCCAACAAAUUGCUCCAUCUCACCGCGGGACAACGACGCCCUCGCCAGAGCCGGACCCAGCUCCUGUUUUCCACUCUUUGCGUUUGCGGCGCUCACGAACCCGACCUGUUUCGUCAUCACCGCCCUCUCCACCUCCAUCUUCUGUGGACAGCAAGAUGGACAUGCGGUCGUUGUCAUCGCUAACGUUUGGCUCCCGCUCGUCAUCCGACUCGCCGGAAGAGCCCCAAACCGGUCGCGUUUUGCCUCCCGUCUUUACCCGUCACAUUCGCAAUCGGUCCUCGUUGCCUGCUGAUGCGCAGCCCUCGCCGCGGAGCAGCAAAGGCAGUCACAACGGAACGCCCCUCGCGCGUGGCGCAAAGCGAGUGCUCGGUACGGCAGGCACUUUGGGGGGAUCACAUGCCUCGGAUUACGAUUCCAAAGAGCAGGAACUGGAUGUGUCUGACCCUGAACUCGGAUAUUCCAAACGAGUUGCAGCGCCAACACCUCUCUGCCGUCUUCUGGGCUUCCACCUGGUGACCUGCCGCCUCUGCCUCCCUCGCCUCGCAUCUCCUCGUCGCCCCCCUCAACUACAGCUGCCCAUAUUCGAUGUUGAGCUUGUUGAAGCCAAUGGUAAUCAUGCCGAUAUCGAUGAUGGCGCUACCUCGGAGGAGGAUACGAAAAAGUCGUUUGAUAUCACGGGUGAGCUCCAGAAGCUGAAUGAGCCUGGGGCAUCAGAUAGGCGCAUUUUCGUUGAACAACAGGAGAACGCGUUCAAAACACCAGCCAAGAUCGACCUGCGCAAUCUACUUGCGAUUGACGUGCCUCCGGUUCCUCCUAUGCGGUUUAUCAUGGACCAGACUUCCUCGGCACCGUCGUCUCCAGAAAACUCGUCCAGUUUGGAAGACCAGCGAUCGCCUCGGUCAGCUACACGUUUGAUGGACAUCACAGCGCUGACGACGGCAGCCAGUGAAGGCGUCAGUACUAGGGCCGUAUUCAAGCACCCACAAUAUCCUUCCCCAAUCAUCGAUCUCAAAGAACCAACACUCUUGCCUGGCUCUGAUAGCCUGGGAAGUGACAUAAGCCUUUUGCCACAAAAAGGCCCAUCGACUGGUGAACUCAGCGUUGGUUUCAAGUUUGGGGGUCAGCUCCCUGGAGAGGAACCAGCGCCAAAGAUGCAAAAAGAGCCGCUUACCUUGUCAAACAUUCUUCCACCACCCUCUCACAGGCGCGCUCAUUCCCUGACGUCAUUGAUGGAGGACAAGGGAUCUCAGGCUGUGCUCCGAGUCAAGUCCGUUCUUGCCCAUGCCGCAGACGUUGCUGCCCAACCCCGCCCAUGGGUCAACUGGGCUCCAGUUUGCGUCGCUCUGCCGUCGGAAAUUCACGCGCUUCGAUGGCCAGCAUGCGUUCUCGAACUCGUUCAAGACCCGCCUCUGGCAUCAGCUUUACCGGAUUCGACUCGUUUGAUGAGGUCCGCAGAGGUUUCGAGCUCCAUGCUGAUCGCCCAACGUUUUAUCCACCACCUCCUGCUGCGCGCAACGCUUGAGCUUACCACGGACGGCGUGAUUCUGUCUUCAGCAUCGCGUCUGUUUCUUCUUAUGGACACGUGA